AUGAUGCAACUAGUUGUAGCACAAAAUAAUUGCAUACCCGAUGUCGCGCGCUUUUCUUCUUAUCAGCGAUUGUUAGGCAGUACAGCUCAAAUUCUGUUAGCGAUAAAUAAAAUGAAAGGAAAUAAAAAACAAACGUUGUCCCUCGAACAUUUGCAGGCAGCAGAAAAACUAAUAUUGUUAGAAUCGCAAAAACAGAGUUUUUCAGACGAAAUUAAGGAAUUACAACGCGGAAAUCCGGUAAAAAAAUCCAGCCGCCUCGCAGCAUUAAAUCCAAUACAAGGGAGUGAUGGUUUACUAAGAUUACAGGGUAGGAUUGAGGAAGUAGUUGAUACCUCUUUUGAAAAUAAACCAAUAAUAUUAUACGGCAAAAAUCCAGUUACGAGAUUAUUGUUAAAAAAAUAUCAUGUCAAUCAAAAACAUGCGAGUCCAAACACUGUAAUUAACGAAAUCCGUCAGAAAUAUUGGAUUCUAAAUUUGCGAAACUCCUUGCGCUCGGUUGGGACUGGUUGUCAAUAUUGUAAGUUAAAAAGAGAAACCCCUAAAGUACCAAUAAUGGGAAAAUUGCCUUCUGCAAGGUUAGCUUAUAAAAAUCGACCAUUUACUUAUAGCGGUUUGGAUUACUUUGUUCCAUUAAUGGUAUCAGUAGGCAGAAAGACUAGGCUUUCAAAAGGAGAGCAAAAGCGUUGGGUAGCCUUGUUCACCUGUUUAACAACCCGAGCUAUGCACUUGGAGUUGGUAAAUAAUUUAAGCGCAGACUCUGCUAUAAUGGCCCUUAGUAGGAUGUCAGAUCGGAGAGGUAAACCCCUUGAAAUAUAUUCUGAUAAUGGGACAAAUUUUCGAGGAGCAGACAAGGAGCUGCGUGAAUCCUUGCACCUACUUCGUUUUGACGUUCAACAAGAAUCUGCCACCAGAAAAGGGAUAAAAUGGUGUUUUAUCACACCGGGAACCCCCCACAUGGGAGGUUCUUGGGAACGCUUAAUACGCUUAGUGAAGGUAGCUCUAAAAAUGAUUCUAAAAGAACAGUCUCCCAAAGAAGAGACUCUGUGUACCCUUUUUACCGAAGUAGAGCACUCGGUCAAUUCGCGUCCCCUGGUCGACGUAUCCUUGGAUCCUCGAGAUGAAAAAGCUUUAACCCCAAAUCAUUUCCUGAUAGGUGCUUCGACAGGAAAUUUAACAUAUCAACAUGAGCAUCAAAUCAAGUGCCCGAAAAAACAAUGGGAAAUGGCGCAAUAUUUUGGUGAUUAUUUUUGGAAGCGAUGGUUGCGGGAAUAUCUUCCUUCACUGCUUCCACGAAAAAAAUGGGUAGUUGAAUCCGAACCAUUAAAAAUAGGCGAUGUAGUUCUGAUUGUCGAUAAUCAAGUGCCUAGAAAUGUAUGGUUAAAAGAGAUAAUCGAAAGAUUAUUCCCUGGGCAGGAUGAUAGAGUGCGGGUUGUAGAAGUGCGUACAACAAAACGGAAAUUUAUAAGACCCGUUAAUAAAUUAAUAAAAUUGACAGAGAUGGCGAAAGUACAAGCUUCAUAG